AAUCUCCACCUCCUAGAACCUAUCGGCAGUCCAGUUCACCUUCCCCGGCCAAAAUCUCCUCAUAGCCUGAGCCGCCAGAGUGGAAGAUGUCGAUCGAAGCGUGCUCCCCAGCCACGAUAUGGCCUUGGUCAUCGUCCCUUCCGCCUGGAUCUGGAGAGCCUCCGCGGCAGGGCACCUUGUCCGAACGAGCACCACCAUAAAUCUGAAUCGAAAAAUCACCUCCUCGUCGUGGAUCUCGUCGUGCUCUGGAAUCUAGAUUUUAGCGACCCCAAUUACAACCACGUUGGCGUGGAUAUGAACUCUGCCAAAUUGGCAGCCGUCGCCACCGUUGGGUACUGA